AUGAAAGGCGGAAAGCCCGGCCAGCUGGUGUUCGUAAAGGUUGAUGCUCAGUUUGGAAACCCAACAUGGAGACAAGGCAUCAUCGUUCAGCAAAAGUCAAAAGGUGCAGCGGCGCAGUUCAUGAUCAUGGUCAGGGCAGUGGAUCAAGCAUCUUUGCCAAGCUCAGUAGAAAUUACAAUGAUGGAGAUAGAAAGCCGGAAGUACAUGAUAGUGGAAGGGGGCGAGCGUCAGCUCGUGUCCAACGUGCCGCAGGAGCCUUUUGCAGCAUUGGAAGUCAGUGGUGCCACUCUGCUGAAAGAAGGGAGGCGAUGGAUAUCAGAGACAGAAGACAUCCACACUGCCACCGCGUCAGAGGAGCCAGAGGCUCCCAAGGUCAGUGCGGAUCACUUCGUCGAUGUUCAAGAGCCGAGCGAGGAGAGCUCCAGCUCGGAGCCCAGUUCCGAGGCAGAGAAAGACAAGGACGAAGUGGACGACGAGCUACUCCGACUUCUACGGCAAGCGCAAAAGAGCAGUCCCGCUUUUGGUGGAAAGAGCGCAAGCUCCGGCGAGCGGAAAAGCAAGAAGGACAAGAAGGACAAGACUUCGCGAGGCUUCGCUUUGUUCGAGGGCGAGAAGACCAAGCGCAAAUCGACUGGAAGUGGGGAGGACACACUGACGGAGGCAAUGCAGAAGCUUCUGUUGAGUUCAGCAGGGAAACCGGACCCGCAGGCGCUUCAGACGUUGCUGAUGAUGAAGAUUCUCAGCGACACCUCAGCGCAGGACAAAGGAAAGAGCCGAAACCUGAAGGACACCAGGGACUCGUCCAGCAGCGACUCGUCCUCAGAAGACGGCAAAAAGCUCAGGGGUGCGGCGCGUGCUUUCCGGCGCCACAGAAAAGCACAAGAGGCCAUGUGGAGAAAACCCAUGAAGCAUGUUCGGACAUACACAGAGGAGGUGGAAACCGAGUUGGGAGUGGAGGGCGGAGACAAGCCCUACCACCUUUGGGAUUUCACCCGCAGAAUCCCUUUCGGCAAGCAGAAGGGGCUCUUUCGAGCGCACUUCCUCGUCUCGCACAUCCUCAAGCACCUGUUGGACGACGAUCCGAAAGCAGCAGCGCUGAUGACCGUGCUCACUCUCAGAUGCCUGCACCAAGUGGCAUUGGACGGAGGCAACUGGGAGAUAGGCUGGGCGCUCACCAGUCUCAAGGACCCGCUGGCUCGGAAGCGGUGGGGCGGCGAACCGGCCCAACUGGAGAGUGCAGCAGAGUACCUUCGAGCAGUCCAAGAUCUGGAAAAGCGCACCAAGCAAGCAGCUUGGUGGAACCAAAGUCAGGAGCACCAGGAAACCGAGCCUGGCGAGAGCGACAAAGUGUGGAGGCCGCCGGGUCCGGCAAAAGGCGGCCGCAAAGGAAAGGAGAAAGGCGACAAGCCUUCGGACGGAGCCUGA